AUGGCUUCUUACUCUCAACCACAUCCUCGCUUCUCUGUCCUCUCCAAUUCGUCCUUAUCCUCAGCAGAACAUCUCUCGCCGACCACUUCGUCUGCACGCUUUUCACUUCCGACUGCGCCCUCCAUCUCGACUACCAUCGGCGGUCCAUCAAAACCGCUUUCUCGUCCGAACAUAUAUGACAGACCUCUCAAUAAAUCCCGUACUGCCCAAGUCUCAGCGUCAUCUUUCGCGUUUCUCUUCUCAGAACUAGUGCAAUAUACUCAGAAACGCGUUAACGGUAUCAAUGACCUCGAACGGCGGCUGAAUACUCUCGGUUAUCGACUCGGCACACGCGUUCUUGAGUUAAUGGUAUGGCGUGCAGAGUCGGCAUCCAAAGCACCGAAACGCGAGAUCCGAUUUCUGCCCGCACUCAUGAACAUCCAUACCAACGUCUGGAAGGCCGUCUUUGGAAAGCCGGCAGACGCGAUCGAGAAGAGUGUGGAGAAUGACGAUGAAUACAUGAUCAUCGACAAUGACCCUAUCAUCACCCGUAACAUCUCCGUACCACGAGACAUGAGCCAGCUCAGUUGUUCGUCUUUCACGGCGGGUAUCGUUGAAGCAGUAUUGGAUGGACUGGGAUUCCCUGCUCGUGUCACGGCACACAACACACCAAAUGAUCUCUAUCCCUCUCGGACUACCAUUCUCAUCAAGCUUGAGAAGAGCGUCUUGGAGAGGGAGGAGCUCUUCAAGUGA